CAUCUCGUGCUCUUGUUUCUUUGUGCUUUGCUGUGCAAUUGCGCCAUGCAGUCCCGUGCUGCCGCGCCGGGCGCCGGGCCGGCUCCCAUCUCGGAGGAGUCACCUGAUGCCACGGACUCACCAAGGAUGGAGCUGUCCGCCAAACGAACCAGGAAGAGCAAUGUACAAGUGACCGGCAACUUCAUCCAGCACAAUGGAAAUAGCGGUCAGGACGGAAACGGGUCGGCCCUAAGAAGGAACAGCAGCCAGCUGCGCAAAGUGAUGGAGAGUGUUUACCUAGCCAACUUUAUGGCCCUGGUGGUGCUGGUGGAUGCUUACUGCACCUGCGCAGUUAUCGAUGCGCGCGCUGCAAACCAUGAACCUGAUAUUGCUGUCGUGGUGAUCUCCGACGUGUGUUUAUCGCUCUACACUUUGGAAUUGACAUUCAUCUUCUAUGUCUUCGACAAAUGGUCCGUCCUGAAGGAUUGGAUGAUGGUUUUGGAUGUGAUCAUCGUGGCUUGUGGUUGGUUUGAGAUCAUCAUGAACGCUGCGAAUGUCACGCAGUUCGGUUUCCGCGGUUCCAUCAAGGUCACCCGCGUCUUGCGCUUGGUGCGAAUCUUUCGGCUGAUUCGUUUGUUGCGACGAGUGCGCACCCUAAAGGAACUGCACAAACUGGCCACGAUGAUGGCCACCUGCAUGCGUACCUUGCUUUGGUGUUUCCUUCUGUGUUUCGUGGUGAUGACUGGCUGGGCCAUGUUGAUAGUGGAGGUGGUGCAUCCUAUCAUGCAGGAAAUGAUGGCCCGGGACGGCACGCUGUUCAGCAGCUGCGAGUUCUGUUCGGGGGCAACAUCCGACGUGAUGUCCGCAAACUUGCUACUGUUCAAGACAGUUAUCGCAGGUGACAGUUGGGGCCAAAUAGCCGUGCCCAUCAUCACGGAACACCCGGCGACCGCCAUCAUCUUCGUGGGAUCGCAGUUGACCAUCGUGUUUGGUGUCGUGAACCUCAUUGUGGCGGUGGUUGUUGAUACGUUUGCAGAAGCGAGGGACAAUGAUGUGCAGAACUUAGCCGAAGAGAUGGAAGCGGAGAUUCAACAAGAUAGUAAGAUGUUGGCUAAGAUUUUUGAGCGCAUCGACAAGGACGGCACCGGACAACUCACCUUAGAAGAUUUGGUCGCAGGCGCACGUACCGAUGCAGCCUUUCAGAGCCGUUUGCGUGUGAUGGAUAUAGAUGAGAACGAUUUGCAACAGUUGUUCCAAAUGAUCGACAGCGACGGAUCUGGGACCAUCGAAGCCGCAGAGUUCAUCGGUCCUUUGAGUCGUUGGGCGCAUGAUUCCAAGACAGCACCCCGUUUCAUCAAGUACAAUAUGUUGCACACCAUGCACCUUCAGGAAGAUAUGAUUGAGCUCUCCGCUGAGUGCUUCAACGAGUUAUCCGCACGCCUUGACGACCUCAGUCGCCAGCUGCAGCGGGAGCCGGCCAGGACCUCCAUGGCGGUUCCAGCGGCUCCGACUACUCCAAUAGUGCCACGGGAGAAGCUGGGGGCCAUCAGGCGGCGCGUUGCAGAAUCAACGGAUUCCCGCAGUGAUUUCAAUUCCGAGACAGGGUCUGAACUCAUGCAGGAAGUCGCACUGGACCUUGUGCCGCUGAAGGACGAGCCGGAGGACGAGGAGGAGCUGCAGCAGCCCAACAGAUCAGUCCAGGUGCCAAUCUUCUUCGCUCCAAAGUUGGAAGACUGUGCCGAGACAAACACAAAGAACGAGACGAACACGAUGAACCGCACGCAGCAGACGACCCUGGAGUUCUUCUUGGAAGAGACGAUGCGGAAACUCGAGCUGAAGUUAGAUGCCUUACUGCAGGAUAGCAAGAAGAUCCAGCUAUUGGCCAAAUUUCCACGACGCUCCCAACGGAUGUCCCCUGCGACACCAGCCUCGAGACUCCGGGGUGCCACUGGCAGCCGGCCAGGAUUGCAUCCUGAAGCAUUUCGAUCGAUGUAUUUGCCUCGCCGAAACUCCCUCGCCGAAACUCCGGAGCCGGAGGGACCCGCUCAGGGAACGCCUCGGAAGAUCUGCAUAGUUUCAGCCCACAAGACAGUGCUGGCGGAACAUUCCUUGCAACAUUCGAAGACGCUGUCGCUGCCGCAAGAUCUUCCAAGGAUCGUGUUUGGCGCAAUGUCUUGGGUAGUCGCGCGAAUAACUUGAACACUGCAGCAGCUGCGUCGAAUGAAGAGGGGAUCGAUCGAAGCUGGCCUGCGGGUUCUUUGGGUGACUGGAGGUAGACGGCUGCCAUACCUGAGCAGUGAACAAAGUGAGCACAUAUUUUUUCUAGGAGCAUUUGGGAAACUCAUCUAGUCAUCUAGUUGGUGAGUUGGUGGUCUAGUUGAGUUUGGGAAGUUCAUGUUCUCUUGU